UCAGUUUACCUUUUUUUGAUUUUCGAUAUAAAACAGUAUAGCCUGAAAAUACAACUACAAUGUCGAUAGUCUGCGUUAGAUUUGUUGCAGUAUUUUAAAAAAGGGAAUGAGAACGAUACCCAAUUAUAUGUGUACAAAAGUGAGUAGCAGCUGCGCUAAGGAUCGAUUUGCACAUUUCCCUCAAAGAAGCUUAGCUCCGCACAAGAUGUCACGCGUCUUAACGGAGUUAUCGACCGAGCCCGCACUAAAUACUCACAAAUUCCUCAAACCAGAACCCGCGAUUAGGCUGGAAUGUUUAUGCUGUUAUUAUCAUGCUCAGAUUUCAGAUUCAACGUUGAUCAUCCCACUUGACCGUAUUAUGUGUAUUACUUUUUACCAUUAUUUUAUUUAAUAUCUUGUAACGAAGCUAUCAGCAUUAUAUGAUUAGUACGGCAUCGGA